CUCUGGCUCUUUUUCCCUUCUCAUCCUGUGUCUGGUCUCUUUAGAGAUUGCAAAUUCUUCAGGACAAACGGUCUCUUGCUCUACAUGUACAGUGCCCAGCACAGUGGGGCCACAAUCUUAGACUCCAGAGGCUCCUGUAGCACAAAUAGUAAUAAUUCAACAGAUGAAUUUGCAGAGAAAGUGGCCAUUAUACCUGCAAAGUAGAGGCUUUCAUAGUGAUGACUAAUGUAAAGGUUUUUAUAGACAGCUUUUAACUAUGGCAGAGCAGCCUUACAGCCAGGGAGCAAGUUCUUAUCUGCACAAGCCAUAGAAGAAAAAUCACAUUUAUAUUAACAGUUUCAUUGGUUGAGUGUCUGCCCAAUUGUAACUGGAUAUAAGCUGUGAUUUAUUUUUUUCGUACUUCAUAGGAAAAUGGCUUUUCAAUUUAACUUCUCUAUUGAAGAGAAAGCAGAAAAUGAACUUGAGACUCUUGGUCAUACAGCCUUGCAGCUGGAAUCUGCACAGCCUGCUUUGAAUCCAGGCAGAUCUACAGAAAAGAGCAAAGAAAUUUCAUCAGAAGAAAAUGUUGUGCACAAGGAGUUGGUGUGCGCACAUGAGGCAACACCCAAAACUACAGAUCCAGUAGCAAACUGUAACCCUGAUAAAAGCCAGGUCCAGGUGCUGCCAAAGAAACGAGCUGACUUUAAAGUUGCCAAAGAGCAUAAUAUUCCUGAAGAUUUCAGCAAAGUGUUAGAAAAUAAAGUUAUGGACACUGUACAGGGCCUAUACUGUGUAAAUAUUUCUGUGGUGGAAAUGACCCUUUCAAAUGACUCCCAUGAAGAAGACAUAGUGUCUAAAAGUAUUUCUUCUCACUCUGAUCUUAUCACAGGCAUCUAUGAAGGAGGGCUGAAAAUAUGGGAAUGCACUUUUGAUCUCAUGGAUUAUUUGUCAAGGGCUGAAAUGCGGUUUAUCAACAAGACAGUCUUGGAUCUUGGUUGUGGGGCUGGGCUGCUGGGAAUACUUGCAUUAAAGAGAAAAGCUGAAAAAGUCCACUUUCAGGACUAUAACUGCACUGUGAUUGAUGAAAUAACCUUGCCUAAUGUAGUGGCUAACUGGACUGAUGGUGGUGGUGAUGGCGGAAUUAGUGAACCUCCUUCAAAGAAGCACAGGAAAGCAGACUUCAUACCAGCUCUAAUGUCUAAGUGCAGAUUUUUUUCCGGAGAAUGGACUGAGUUUAGCCAACUCCUGUUAAGUGGCAACAAACCCUUUUCAAAGUAUGACCUUAUUCUCACAUCAGAGACCAUCUACAAUCCUGACUACUACAGUGCUUUGCAUGAUACGAUUUCUAAACUGUUGGAUAAAAAUGGCUGCGUGUAUUUGGCUACCAAAGCACAUUAUUUUGGGGUGGGAGGUGGUGUGCAUAUCUUUGAAAAAUUCAUUGAAGAGAGGAAUGUGUUCAGGACUAGAACUGUCAAGGUUAUCGAUGAAGGACUGAUGCGGUACAUUAUUGAAAUGGCCUUUAAGAUUUCCAGUUAAUCCAUUCAUUCCCCAUUGUGCCUGUUAAAUAUCUUAAUAAAGAUCUGAUUUAUAACCAGA